UGCCGCUGACCGUGCUGAUGGUGGGCUGGACCCUAUGGUACUUCGUCGGCCCCGACGUCCCUCUCUACGUCCGGUUCACCGUCGGCUACACCUGGUUCUGCUCUCUCUUCAUGAUCGUCCUCGUCCCCGCCGACAUCUGGGCCGUACAUUCUCUCCUUCUCUCUCUCUUCAAUUUUUGUAUGAUUAUUAUUAUUAUUAUUGUGUGUGUGUGUGUGUGUGAUAUUUCUGGAUAAUCGAUCGGAUCGGAUUUGAUAUUCUUAACAUUUCAUUUGCUAGUGUAUGUUUUGAUAAUGGCAAAUUGCCGGAAUAAUAGGAAGUUUGGUCGAAUUCCGGUCUGUUGCAGCUUUAGAAAUUGAAUCGGAAAAAGCUAUGAAGUGUGGAUUCUAGUUGCCUAUGUGUGAUAUGUUGUUGAUGUUUUUCGAUCAAGUGAUUGCGUUUUGUUUAGGAAUAGAUGUUUAACUCACUUUCGUGUAUUUAUAGGUGUCAUAUUAGAUACGGUUUCACUGAAAUUAUUUGGUGUAGGAUACAUAUUUAGUGUUUGGGGGAUGAGAUAUGGUUUCGAUAGAGGGUUUCGUGUGUAUCUUAGUUGGGUGGGAUUGAGGAUUGUUAGUGUAGUCAACUUGCUAUGGAGGCUUGCAUAAUUUGUUGAUGAGGUAGGAACGGGGAAUGUAGCUCAAUCUGUGAUUUGUAAGUGAAGAGAAUUUCUGAGUUGGUUUAGGAUACAGAAAAAUUUCAUUAGAGGGAGCUGUGUUUUCAUUAGGGGCUUAAGACUCCCCAUAGUUUAAAACUUCUGCACUUGAAAGAACACGUUCUUACUAUUCUAAAAAUCAUUUAAACUGCUUCUUAAUUUAGAGCAUAUAUAGUGAUCAGAAAGAUGUAAAUUUAUCGUGAAUGAAUCUCAUAAAAAGGAAGCUCAACUCGAAGGAAUGUUACUUUAUUUAUUGAACAUGUCUAAAAUACUGUUGCUGAUAUUGCUUCACCUUCUUAGACACUUGGCAAUAAAGGAGGCAUCUCUUUCUUGUGGAGCUGGUUAUACUGGAGUUCAUUUUUACUUACAUGGGCUGUGGCACCUGUCAUUCAGGGUUAUGAAGAUGCAGGGGACUUUACUAUCCAGGACAGACUGCGGACUAGUGUUCAUGUAAAUCUAAUCUACUAUUUAUCCGUUGGUUCAAUUGCAUUGUGCGGACUUGUCCUGCUCGUCAUUAUGCACAAGGACUGGUGUACACUUUCAUGAGUAAACGUGUCCAUAAUUGAAUACAGCGGGUGACAAUAUUUUAGGUCUUGCUAUGGCUUGUGCAAAUACAUUUGGUCUGGUGACAGGAGCUUUUCUUUUGGGCUAUGGUUUGAGUGAAAUUCCAAGAGGUGUAUGGACAAAUGCAAAUUGGACAUAUCGUCACAAAUUCCUGUCUCAUAAUGUGUACAGAGUGGCAGUCAAACUUGAUGAUGCUCAUGAAGAUUUUUCAAACGCAAUAGUAGUUGCUCAAGCGACAUCAAAGCAGAUGUCUAAGCGUGAUCCACUUAAACCAUACAUGAACAAAAUUGACAAAAUGUUGGCAAAGAUGCUUAAUGAAGAUUCUACUUUUAAACCAGGAGGAGGCAAAUUAGGGGGAGGUGAUAUGGAUUAUGACACCGAUAAAACUAGCAUGGCGUCUCUUAGAAAACAUCUGAGGAAAGCUAGGGAGAGGUAUUACCGAUAUAAGAGUGAGUAUACGAAUUUUGUUAGAGAGGCUUUAGAGCUAGAGGACACCAUGAAGAGUUAUGAGCAUUGUAGUUCUAAUGGAUGGAAAUACAUGUCAAGUUUUAGACCUGAGCGUAAAGGCAAAUUCGGGUCCUUUCUUGAUAUCUCUGAACUGAUAUGGCGAUGCAUAGUGAGAAAACAACUAGGGAGAAUUAUGGCUGUUAUAUGGGGUUGCAUGACUGCUGCAAUUCUUGUUGCAGAGGCCACUAUUAUGUUGAACGACGUAGAUUUAUCUCUUUUCUCAGUUCUUAUAAACAAGAUUGGCAGGCAUGAGUUACUUGUGCAGGUUACUGCUCUUAUUCCUCUAAUAUACAUGUGUGUCUGCACAUAUUUUUCUCUAAUCAAAAUCGGAAUGCUGACAUUUUACUCCCUGACUCCGGGACAAACAAGUUCAGUUAGCUUGCUGAUGAUAUGCGCGAUGGUUGCACGCUAUGCUCCUCCGAUUGCAUACAAUUUUCUCAACCUCAUCAAUCUUCCAAACGACGCCAAGACUACAUUUGAGAAGAAAAUGGGGAAUAUUGAUGACGCAGUUCCAUUCUUUGGGAAAGGGUUCAACAGAAUCUAUCCACUCAUAAUGGUUGUUUUCACCAUAUUGGUUGCAGUAAAUUUUUUUGAUCGCGUAAUUGGAUACUUGAGAAAUUGGAAUAUAUUCAAUUACCAAGACGAAGGAGUCGAAGAUGCAGACGGAUUCAAUCCCGCGGGAUUAGUUAUUCUGAAUAAAGAACGAUCUUGGGUUGAACAAGGCCAUAAAGUAGGCGAACUUGUCGUUCCUUUGGCACGAAAUUUCCACAAUGUCACCAUUGAUCUUGAAUCCGGAGGCAACACCGUGAUUCCGCAGAUCCAAAGGCAGACAUCAAGAUUGAUCGAGGAGGAGGGGCCGAGCAGUCACUCGCAACACCUGAGAUCGGUUAUGCAGAAAGAUGGCGACCGCAGGAGACCACACGCUAAAGAGAAGGAGAGUGUUGAAACAGCGCAACGCAUCAGCAUGCAGCAAGGGAAGAGAUCGACUAGCGGAGUAGCCUCAACAUGGGAAUCGAUGAAGACGGGCUUCCAGAAUUUCAAGUCCCGUGUUGAUGCUAACAGAUUCAUCCGGCUAGGCCAUGACACCGACCACCGUCAUACUUCAUCUCCCGAGUCACUCGAUGAGAUCUUCGAGAGAAUCAGCCGGCCCAGCUCCCGUCCGACGAGCUUCGACGACGAGAAUGAUAUUGAUGGUGAUAUUGCAAUGGCGGCCAUUCAGAGGCAAGGCCUUAGUAGAUAGCAGAUAUAAGAUUGAUGAUUUUAUAGCAAUGUUUCAAACCAAUUGUAAGGUUUUAUAUAAAUAGAGUAAUAUACUUAUGAAUCCUUGAAUCAUCAUUACCACUUGCAAGUUAGA